UCCACUCAGCGGUUGCAGAACAGAGCAGAGCACACCUCAGACCUCCUCUCUCUCUCUCUCUGCAUCCGACUGCGGCUGCGACAGCACCGAGAUCCUCAGCGAGGAGGUCCUCAGCACCGGGACGGAGGCCCUCAUCGGUUAUAAACUACGGUUGUGUCCUGGGAGCUCUGUGGACCACUGAGGGAGAAGAUGCUGAGGCGAAGGCCUUCAAACGCCUCAGAGAAGGAGCAGACUCAGAAGAAAAAGGGGGAGAGUGGUGAAGAACUGUCCCCCACCUCCUCCGACUGGCACCCAGACCUGUUGGCGGGUCAGAGGACGUCUGUGUGCUCCACGGGCUCAGAGGACACCGGGCCCAGCCUGGUCAGCCGCCAGCUCUCUGCCAGUAGUGACAGGCAGAGUUUGGACAGUGGGUACUGUCAGAGGGACAGCAUGAGACUGGAGGACAACUCUUACAACGGGCCCUUCUGUGGUCGAGCUGUGGUCCACACUGACUUCACGCCCAGCCCCUAYGACGUGGAGUCGCUCAAACUCCAGAAAGGAGACAUCAUCUACAUCAUCGACAAGCCUCCAGUGGGCACCUGGACCGGUAAGCUCAACAACAAGGUGGGCUCCUUCAAGUUCAUCUACGUCAACAUCCUACCCGACGAGAGCCCUGUUGCCAGGAGGAGGCGCUGCAACAGCAAGAACCAUCAAUCCGAGUCCAAGCCCAAAACCCUGGAGGAGGUCCUGGACAGCAUCGGCCUGACGGAGCUGAGCUCCUUGCUGUCCAUGCACGGGUUCCAGAGCCUGGAGGACUUCACGGGACUGAAGGAGUCUCACCUGAACGAGCUGAACAUCACAGACCCAGAGCAGCGCUCCAAGAUCCUGAACGCCUCGGAGCUGCUCAGAGACUCUGAAGACGAGUCAGAGGAAGAGGAGGAGAAGUCUGAGGAGGACACCAAGGAGCCCAGAGACUCGGGCUGCUUCGAGAGCUCAGAGAACCUGGAGAGUGGACGCGAGGAGCCGAAGAUGGAGGAGGAGGAGUCAAACCAGGASGAGCAGGAGUCGAAGCAGACUGAGGAGUCACAGACUGAGGAGGUGCAGAAGCAGCUACAGGAGCUGACUGUGGAUGAAGGACAGUGAAUAAAAAAUCAUCAAACUUCCUUCCUCUUUGGUUUUAAGCGACUCUGAAAACAGGCAUUAAAAUCUGUUUUUAAAAAAAGACUGUUUCAGCUCAGAAGCUGUUCUCAGCUGCUCCUUCUUCUGACUGAACUUUGAAACGUGACGUUGAUGAUGUUGCUUCACUCAGGACAUCGUGUUAAAACAUCCUGAAGAUAUAACUGGAUGUGAAUGUGUCUCUUUUUACUUUGUCUACCAAUGAUUUGAUGCCGUUUUCAUGAAUGUAGAAUAUUUGUUUGUCAUAUAAUUUGAAUGCAGUUGUGAUGACUUUUCAUGAGUCCUGUAAAUAAAAUAAACAUGUCUGAGAAAAACAACUUAUUAAAUAAAAAAGGGUUGAAAGUUAAAAAAUAAA